GGCAGCUAGGCCACAGGACACCUUUUACACUACAAAGGUAUCUGGACCCUAUGUCUAUACACCUCAGUAUGGCUUACGGCGUGUGGAGGAACAGACGUCUAGUUCUUCUGCCAGUGAAGAUAAUUUAUUGACAGACAGCCCUUGGCCUGCUAGAAAUGCUCCUUGCUUUGAUCUGCUGAACAGUUUUAUGGAAAGAUGUAAUGAUGUCCUUGAGUUAGUUGAAACCACCGGCCACUUUCAACUUCUGGCAGAUGUGAUAGAAGCAGGGGGAGCUGGUAGUGCCAGCUUUGAUGCCAUGCUGAAUGAGUUGCACGUACAGUACUCUGCUGCUAUGAAGACGUUCUUCUCACAAGUACAGAAUGUACUGGAUAUUGAUAAUUCCACGAUAUUUGAUGUAGCCUUCUUUGACUUGAGGUUAACAGUUAAG